AAAAUUAGAGUCUUAGUUUGGCCACACUUCCAGCAGUCGAAAAAAUAUGUAUACAAUUAAAUGAAAAUACAAUAUGAGUUUUUGUAAUAAGUAACCAAUAUGAAUAAUUGCGUUGUUGAGGUGGAGUACGAAUAUGUUGUGUUAAAAAUUAAUGGUUACGAUAUUAGCAAUUUGCCAAGGUAUGAAGCGGUUCAAAAGUUCCUUCAAGCUAAAGAAACCCUAGUAGUUGAACUGUGCAGACAGAAGCACAAUGAAUUAGAUUUAAUGUUAGAACCAGACGCCAACACCAAACUAUCCGAUGUGGACAAAAUCGAUCCGAUUUUGCAAUUAAACACCUGCGAGCCAGUCUUUUCUACCCUACUAGCAAAACCAGUCGAAGCAGCCCCAUCAGCGUCCACAAGAACUGCCAGUGCCUCUCAACAAGUGGAUUCCACCCCCUCGACAAUUCCUGCGGCUUCGGAAGCAAUCACAACAAAGAAUCCUGUCAUCUUAACUCUGCGUGCUUUAAGCCAUGAAGAACGGUCAGGUCGCUCCGCAGUUUUUGCCGCUUCGAAGGAAACGCAGACCCAUACCUCGAUCCAAACAGACGUCUUAAAAGAUCACGACAUAGUUCAGACUCUGACCGACCACUUUAUCGAGCAGGAACACCACUUGUUUGAACAAUGUUUGGAGCCGGAAAUCGAUAUUGAGGAAGUAACGCUCAUUAAGACGGUUGAAAAUGCAAACAGUGAUCAAAUUGGGCUCCUGGUUUGCUCCUCUGGAUUUCAAUCGACAAACAUCGAUACGAAUAAAUGUGAUGUAGUGUGCAAUGAUUCAGAGCACUGCGAGGAUGUGUUUAUCAGUGGUAUACAACCGGAAAGUAUAGCUCAUCGAGAUGGUCGCCUACGACAGGGUGACCAGAUACUACGUGUUAACGGUGUGGAUGUGAAAAACCAGGACGAGGUGGAAGCACAGAUAGCGGAUAGUAGCACCGCAGUAACGCUCCUAGUUAGUCGAAUUCUAUACCCUGAAGACGAGGACGACGAAGACAUUAAUUUUGAAUACGCCAAUACAUUUUUACCAGAUGACUACACAAAUGUAGUGGAUAAAUUGGACAAGGUCCUAAUAAGUCACGUUCAAACUUUUGAAGAAAUAUCCAACGAAACCAAAUGCUGUCAGUCGCCAUCUGAUCAGCAGCCAUUAGAUUCCAAUGUCAAAAUAUCUUCGUUGCCGAAAAAAAUGAUUGACCAAUCUGUAAAGUCGUGUAGUAAAAUAAAACUUCAUCCAGAUGCAAUUUUGGACCAUCGAACAACUUUAAAUCCAUCUUCAAGCGAAAGUCAAGUACAAGUCCAAUACGAUUACGACGAAAGCGAGCACAUCUACGAGACCAUUCCAGAAGAUUCCGAGUCUGAACCACUUUACUGUUCUCCGUAUCAGAGUUCAAACGGCAAAACUUCAAUGGGUUCAUGCUCAUCCGCACUAGCGGCGACUCCGGCUGAAGCAUUAGAAACGACAAUGCAGCAACAAACUCAGCGAGUCGCCCAGUGGUUGGGCUUAAAACCGCAUUAUCCCAGAGCUAUGCAUACGCUGGUUGGUCGACCCCCACCAUUAAAAUUAAGCCAACAACCGACCUGUAGUCGUGUUUUUACAUUGCGCAGCACAUUGACCAACACAAGCCGGUCCAGCAGUAGUGGAGUUGCAUAUAGCGGCUAUGGAGCAAACAAUAUUGUUGGUGGAAACGUGGCUCCUGGCGAAGAAGUUGACAACUCAUCGAGUGCCUACAACACUGGUGGCUCUAACAAUAGUGCCUCGCCCCAUCAAAAUAUACCGAAUGUUGAUGACGAUAUCACUGCCAACCAAAAGAUAGAAAACUCAGUGACUGAUGGCCCCAGAGACUCAGUGGAUUCAACUGCUGUGAGCAGUAUGUUGCUGUUGCCAUUUGGAAAGUCUGGUCGUAUUGGUCUUUGUUCUUCCAAUUUGCCAACAGCGUAUGUCAGCGAGAGUCACAGCAAGGCAAGCUACGAAAAUGAGAACAUUCAACUCAAAAACGACCUUAAGUUAUUGGGAGUUAAGCAAACUGAAGAACCCUAUAGCCAUUGUCCACAGUUCAACGCGCCAAAUUUGAGUAGCUAUCACUUCGUAAGUAGUCAGGAGGUUGCAAAUAGAUGCCAUGAAUCCACAAGUUCAAACCGAAAUUCUGGACUGCCCAAUGGCGAAAACGGUGACGAAAUUCCAAUGGUUUGGAAAGUAAAGAGACGCCCAGACGGAACGAGAUAUAUUGUAAAAAGACCAGUGCGAAAUCGUCACCAAAUUGCUAUCCGGAAAAACAUGCGCUGUAACGAGCUUACCACAACGGAAGAGGAUACAGUAUCUGAAGUCAAGAUCGGUCGGUAUUGGACAAAGGAAGAGCGAAAGCGGCACAUUGAAAGAGCUAGAGAGAGGCGGCAUAAUCAGACGCAACAACAGUAACAAUAGCUAAAGUAACAUUUUCCUCUGUAAUCAUUUAAUUAUUAUAUAGCUUUAACUACAGUUUUCGUAAAGUACAUAGAGGAGGGGUCAAUAAGGUUGGACACUUUUUGAAUUUGAGCAUUAUCAGUAUUUAGCUUUAUGAAGCUUUAUAUUUUGUUUUUUAAAUUAAAUAAAAAACAAAUUCAUUUUCCCUAGACACUUUUUGUUUUUUAUCUUUCAUUUGCUUAUUACCUUGUUAAAGCUUAAUACCGUUAUUAAGCUCAAUAUUUUAUUUUUAAAAUGAUAGUAAAAACAUUUAUUUUCCUUUGGGAAAAAGAAAAAAAGAAAGAAAAGAAAAAGCUGUAAAAAGGGUGUCGGUAAGGAUACUUUUUAAACUGAUUUUAAAAUUAUCCUAAAAGCGUUCUGAUUAUUUAGAAAAUGUUUUUUUUGUUCAUAUCGCUAGGAGCGCCCUACUUCUUUGAAUCACUUUUACAUGCAAUAAUAUCCAUUGAAAUUUAAAAAUGUGUUCAAGCUUGUGCAACUUUUUUUAAAAAGUUAAAAGAAAAAUUUUUUUUUGUAAAAAUUGAGCUUGGUCACCUAAGAGCAUUUCGUUAAAAUCAGAAAUUGUUGAAGUAGCAAAAAUGAAAUAAGAUUAACAGUCGCAUCCUACAGACCCCUCCCAUAUUCCCUUUUAAAUUUUAGUUCGCGAUCGCAAAAGAUUCAAAACUGCUUGCUUGUCAUGAGUCAUGACUGACAAAACUUACAGAGAUUAUAAGAGUUACAGUCUUAGGGUAAGUCUAUGUUAGUUCAUAAUCAAGACUUACAUUAAUUCCCCUAAAAGUUGUGCUUUAUCAAAAUGUAGUUUUGAUAUUUUAAUUUUAUUUUCAAUAGAAUUCGUCCAUGGUCUAAGCUUUGACGAUCUUUUAAAGUUCAUAAAACAAAGAUGAAUAAAUGAUUGUCAAAAAUUUCCGCAUAUAUAUGUUUUGUUGUUAAUUGUUCCUAUACUAGUUAUUUGUUAGAGUUAUCCCAUCCAUGCAUACAGUCUUCGUUGAUGCAGAUGAAUACGUGCAGCAUAUAAAUACAUAUUGAGUAAUUUUAAAAAAUAUUUUGUGUAAGCUAUAACAUAAAAUUGUGAGUAUUUUCUAAGAUAAUAAAAAUAAUAUUAUUUACUUAAAAUAAAGUAAAUACAGGUAAAAA